AUGGCCGCACCACGAUCAAACAUGACGCAACUCGAGAAGGAGGACUUGGAGCGAGAUGCCGCUUUCAAGAAAGCCCUCCACGGCAAGACUGGCGAAGGACGUCAAGGCUUCGUGGCCAUGAUGGGCAAAGACCACGCUGCUCAGAAGGAGGCCGUUGACGAGUACUUCAAGCAUUGGGACAACAAGGCGUCCGCCGUCGAGACCGAGGAGACUCGCAAAGCUCGACGAGACGAGUAUGCCACACUCACACGCCACUACUACAACCUCGCCACCGAUCUAUACGAGUAUGGCUGGGGCCAGUCCUUCCACUUCUCCCGCUUCAGCAAAGGCGAGCCCUUCAAGCAAGCCAUUGCCCGUCAUGAGCACUACCUCGCCCUUAAGAUGAACAUCCAAGAAGGCCAGCGAGUGCUGGAUGUUGGCUGUGGUGUUGGUGGUCCCGCACGCGAGAUUGUCAAGUUCACAGGCUGCAACACAGUCGGCCUGAACAACAACGACUACCAGAUCGAGCGAGCAACCCAAUACGCCAAGCGAGAGGGUCUGGACCACAAGCUCAGCUUCACCAAGGGCGACUUCAUGCAGAUGCCAUAUCCCGACAACUCCUUCGACGCCGUCUACGCCAUCGAAGCCACCGUCCACGCACCGAGUCUCGAAGGCAUCUACAGCGAGAUCUUCCGGGUAUUGAAGCCAGGCGGUGUAUUCGGCGUAUACGAAUGGCUCAUGACCGACAAAUACAACAACGACGAUGCGCACCACCGCGAGAUCCGCCUCGGCAUCGAGCAAGGCGACGGCAUCAGCAACAUGGAGAAGAUUGACGUUGCGCUCGACGCCAUGAAAGCCGCCGGGUUCAAAUUAGAAGUGAAUGAGGAUAUGGCGGAUCGACCGGACGAGUUGCCUUGGUACUGGCCAUUGUCGGGUGAUUUGAGAUAUAUGCAGAGCAUCUGGGACUUUCCCACCUUGGUUCGCAUGACGCAUGUUGGACGUGGAUUGGUGCAUCGGUUCGUAGGUGCAUUGGAGAUGAUCAAGUUUGCGCCGAAAGGGACGCAGAAGACGGCGGAUUCAUUGGCGUUGGCUGCCGACUGCUUGGUUGCUGGCGGUAAGGAGAAGCUGUUCACACCUAUGUAUUUGAUGGUUGGCAGGAAGCCAGCCAAGGCUUGA